AUGGGAUGUUGCUCCUCACAACCCGCCCAGCCGCCCUCUGGGGGCUUCCCUACUCCGUUGCCGGCGCCCAUGCAAGACAACAUGAAUGAGCUGCUCAACCGGUGGCGCCACGGCGAGGUGAACCUCCUGCAAAGGAGUUUCCGGUUGGGGAGGGCACAGGCCGUGAAGCAUACCAUCGCGUCAAAGAUGUUCGGCAGCCUGGCGGCGCCUUCCUCCAACUCGGGCACGGCAACGUCGGCCGCAACCAGCGCUAACCGCGACAGGAGUGCCAGCUUCGGGGAAGAUGGGAGCGCUUCUCCAGCGUCCCGUGACGGAGCAGCGACAGCGACAGCAGAGUUGGACGGCAAGAAGCCGGGAGACGGUGCCACGGGAGGUCCGCUCAAGGUUGGGGCGGGAAGCGGUGAGGGCGGCCAGGUGGUGUCUUUGGGGGACUCCGGCGGUGCGCGUGCUGGCAUGGACAAGGAGGCGUUUUUGAGGGUCUUCCCUGACGUGCAGGGGCUACCGGUGGAGGUCCAAAGGUCGGCUUUCCUGCUGUUCGACUGCGUCGGACGAGGCUCCUUGGACUUUCGGAACUUCUGUCGCGCCCUUGCGCUGUGCUGCCGAGGCUCAAGAGAAGAACGUCUACGGUUUUUGUUUGACCUUUUCUCCGGGGCCUCCCAACCUAAGCACUACGGUACAGGGGCGGACGGAGGAGCUCGAGAUGCGAGUUCCGCUUCCGGUGCAACCACGGCGCGCCUGUCGGAUGCGGAACUUGUUGGCCUCAAGAAACAGUUAGGGCUAUCUGCCGGGGAUGCGAACCACGCGCACUUCCAGAAGACCUCUGGAGUUUCCGGGCUGCUGCUGUCCGAAUAUUUCGAGUGGGCAGAGCUUCAUGCGUCCGACGAGGCGCUGGACCGCGCUCUCCGGCCGUUCUAUCUUCUGCCCUCGCCGCAGCAGGAGAAGGACAAGGUGCUGGCACAUCUGAUGGAAUACGCCAUUGAAGAGGCCCAGUGCAUGUGCCUAGUCGCUUCGCCAUGGUGGUCGUACUGGUCAAACUACGCUGCCCUCACCAAGGAAGACGUGCUGCGCGUGCCGGAGCGAACGGCUUUAGGGUUGGACAAGACCCCAGGAUACUUGGAUCAAAGGCCCGCAGAUGAGCCUGCUGUGACGCUGGGGGCAGAGGGGGGAGACGUCGCAGUACGCCCUGGGGAUGUCGUGGGCGAUGGGGUUGCUUCUAUGGGCGUUGGUAACGGGAACGGGCACGCUCAAGGAGAAUCGCCAGCGAUGGAGAGGUUAGCGGGAGCAGGCAAAGAAAGAGCAGUGCCGACCACGCUUGCCCGGCGACCACACGAAAUAGACAACAGUAGCUUGCAGGGUGGAGCUGAGUGGGAAGUUGCUCCAAACCUAGACCUUGGCGAGGACUACGUCAUGUUGCCGAAGUCGCUGUGGGAUGUCAUGGUGGACUGGUACGGUGGAGGGCCCGUGUUUGCUCGACAGGUGGUGAACGUGUCUUCAAACCUCGAGCUCCCGGAGAAGGCGAGAGGAGGGGGGGACGACGCUGAGGCUGAACCAUCGACCGCACGCCUUGCGGUCGACUUGUACCCUCUGGCCCUGCACGUGAGCAUGUGCGACCCCGCGGGCAGACCGGGUGGGCGAGAGAGGUUGGUGCUCACGUCACACCACGUGCACGUCAGGGACAUGCUGGCCGACGUGUUGGACAGCUCACGUCUGCAAGGGAUGAGCCGGGGCUUAUCGAUGACCGCUGCCACCAUCCCGCAGGAGGAUCCGGUGUUGGAAAACGCGGACGUCGUGCAAGAGCAGCGGCUCUCAGAGGAAGGAGAUGUUGUUGGCGACGGGGAGACGCCGCUGAGGCGGGACGUUUCCAGUCAAAAUCGAACGGGACAAGUUCGGUUAUGGGUGCUGGAGAUCAGUACAAGCGGUCUGAUCGACACUCCCCGCGUGCACGCGCCAUCGUCAGCACCCGGGUUUUGCCGGCCUCGUUUUAGCUAUGGUGGGGGGCGGGAGUUGGGGGGAGUGGACCCGCAGUCCGGCCUUGAUCGGUGGAGGCUAGUCAAGACGGAAGAAGAGGGUAUGACGCUGUCGGCACUAGGCCUUAUCGGCGGCGAGAAGGUGAUGGUUGAGAACAAAAACCCGGACGGAAAGUGGCAACGACGGAAGUACAUAGAGAGCCCGGGCUUCAGACAGUUCCGCGAAAACGACCGAGUGGAUGCCAUGGACUACCAGGGCCGCUGGUUCCGAGGACAGGUGGUGGAGGUCGGGUCGAAAAGCAGCUCCAAGAUCGUGGACUCCGAAGGGCCGGUGGGGAGGAAGAAGAGCAACCGACGCCAACGCCUUGAGCUUGACCCGCCAACGGAAGAGCCCGUUCGGGAGGGCGCGAACCAAGAGGUCGAGCAUCUCGAGCCUGGCGAUGCCUCAGAUAGAAACGAGGGCAGAUCGGCUGCGAAAGCGGGCGCAGGAAGGUCUGGGUCUUCUCAGAGCCAACGCCAACGCCGGAGUUCCGGCAAAGAGAGAGAUGGUGGGGUGGGUGGGAAGGAAGGACCGAGGCAAGGAGGCCCCUCUCGAAGGAGGCUGCGAGUCAGGGUGCACUUCGAUCGGUUUGCGCCACAGUGGGAUGAGUGGUACGACAGCAAGAGCUUGAAGCUAGCGCCGGAGUUCAGCCACACUGCUCCCGCUGUGCCCGCACCACCAGCACUCAGACCAACCAACGAGGGCAAUGGCGACACGGAGGCGGAAGAGGAGGCAUCGCCGGAUGCGACGGCUAUCAGGGGCGGAGUCGGAGCACCUGCUCCAAGCUCCUCCAAGCCUGGAGGAAACACAUUCCCGCCACCGGUGGGGCGCUUCCCCGGCGAUGCCUCAAACGGAAACGGCUGGGGCGCCCGCUCUCAGAGCAUGCCACGAACAAACGGGACGGGCAGCACCGCGGAUGGGAUUUCCAACUACGGAGGGGGUGCGUUGAACAGAAGGAGCAACACGCCAGGAAAGCCACCGGUACCGGGCGCUUGCGGGUUGGUGAACGUGGGCAACACGUGCUACUUGAACUCUGCCGUGCAGUGCUUGUCGCACACGCCGCUGGUGCGGGCGUACCUGCUGUCGGACAUGUGGGCGGCGGAAGUGAACAAGUACAACCCUCUGGGAACUCAGGGCAAGCUCGUGGAAGACUUCGCUUCGCUGUUGAAGUCCCUUUGGUCUCAAGAGUACCUGUGCAUCUUCCCCAGCAAGUUCAAGAGAGGUCUCAUCAAGUACAAGCCGCAGUUCGCCGGCAACGAGCAGCAGGAUUCUCAGGAGUUUCUGGCGGAGAUGCUGGAUGCCCUCCACGAGGACGUGAACAGGGUGAUCGACAAGCCUUACGUAGCCGCCCCCGACGACGACGACGACGCGGAGUCAGGUCGAUCAGACCAGGACCUAGCCGACGAGGCGUGGGACAGGCACGUGCAGAGGAACAGGAGUGUCAUCGUUGACCUGUUCCAGGGGCAGCUCAAGAUGGAGUGUCGGUGCACCGUGUGCAACAAGAAGUCGGUCACUUUCGACCCCUUCAUGUACCUGUCGGUACCUAUUCCUGUCCGCAACGAGAAGAUGGUUGCGGUGGUGAUGCUCCCAAGGAUCCGAACAAGAUACCUCGUGCGCUCUAGCGGGCUCAACGGAGAAGACGGUGCGAUGGCUAGCGAUGGGGGAGGGGCCCAGUUUAGCAACCCAAGACAGCUGGUGCCGGUGCAGUACGGGAUGAUGCUGCCGCGACUGGGGGAGCUGAGCGACCUUAAGCGGGCGCUGUCGGAUCUGUGUGGAAUACCGACGGUAUCGAUUGUGGUGGCCAUCCUGCAGCAAAACCAAAUCAAGGUUAUGCAGGACAAGGAGCUGCUGACAGAGCUGCGAGACGACACGUGGGUUGUUGCUCUAGAGAUGCAGGGCGAAAUCAACCUCAACAGACGUGCCAAACCGAGCACCUCCGCGUCAAGACAAGCCACGGUUUCUCCAGUGCCAACUCCCACGAGUUCAGGACCAACAAAACCAGAAGCAGCAACAGCAGCAGGUGCUACAGCGGCAGGUGCUGCAGCACUAUCAGAGGAGGAGUUGCCCGUGGGAACAGAGGCGGAGCCGACAGAGCCAAGCAACACGACUAGCGGGACGCCAGCCCCAAACGUGGUAGUGCCAGUUGAGAAUGGUGGCAGCACCACUGCCGCCAAGGGGGAAGGGGGUGCCGCAGAAUCCGCAGAAGAAGGUCAGGGGGUUUCGCCAGAGCCACUGAAGGAAACGCUGAAGGAGGGGUUGGGGGUACCUGAGACUGCUGCUGCCGAGGCGCGCUCGGAUGGGAGCGAGGACGAGGAGGCAGAGGAGACGGACUUGGACAACGACAGGCCUCCGACGUCCACGCCAGAUAACCGCACGCCGGAUGAGAGGUGCAUGUCCUCCUUCCCGACUAGACUGAGAGACCUAGAGAUUGGCUGGAGACUAGACGCGCUCGAUGGGCAGGGGGGCUGGUAUGCUGCAACGGUUGUGGAGAUUAACCCGCGGGCGAAGGCAUUGGAUAGAGGCGGAGACAAGCCGUCCAAGGCCUCCCUUUCAGGCAAGGGCGAGGAUCAGAAGCGAAAGACGGAGUACUUGGUGAGGGUGCACUUCGACGCCUUCACCUCCAGAUGGGAUGAGAGCUACGGCGAGCAGGAGUGGAGGGAGAAGAAGCUACAGCCGCUCUUCACCAAGACUCGUCGUCAGGAGCGUACAAACGACAUUCCUGUGGUACACCGGAAGACCAUCAGAGUGCCGACCUCGGGCGCACACCCGCAGCCUGCCUCCACUAGGGACGGCCCCGGCAUGCGGUCGGAGGGAGACGCGGACAGACGAGACACCAAGGAGCCGCCGCCUGGAUUUGUCACGGCAAAGGAUUUGUUCGGGUUGCCCUUUCUUGUUAGAUGCCCUCCGGCACGAUCCACCCGAUACCUCUGGCGUCUCGUGGUGCAGCAAGCGUCGAGGUUUGUCGCGGGGUCUUCCGGCGGCAGGAGCUUCAAGGCAGGGGGCAAGGACAGGACCGCUAGGGCUUCCUCAGGCUCGAGAACUCAACGGCCGGACGUUACGGCUGCCUGGGUAGCGCGUGCGGCCGCGGGGUUGGAGCGUGACAUCACGGACGAAAAGCUGGCGCAACUUCUUCCCUUCACGGUCAAGUUCGUGCUGAAGCAAAACCCCCUCACGGAGGUCUGUUCGGUGGAGCUUGUCCCCGACAGGUGGCGGGCGGCAUCGUCCUUGCUGUGUACGAAGCUCAUCCUGGCGCUAGAGUGGAAAGAUCCCGGGAGGGACUACCUUGAUGUGCUCGCCGCCACCUUCGAACACCCUUCAUACCUCGAGUUGGAGAACAACGCGCAGUCUGUCCUUUCCGGGCUGACGUUGGAGCAGUGUCUGGAUGCCUACACGAGAGAGGAGACAUUCGAGGAGGAGGACUCGUGGUACUGUUCCAGCUGCCAAGCGCACAGGAGAGGGGUCAUGAAGAUUGACCUUUGGAAGAUGCCUGACGUGCUGGUUAUCCACAUGAAGCGCUUCCACUGCUCCGCCCGGUGGCGAGAGAAGAUCAGGACGCUGGUGCUGUUCCCGCAUUCCGGUCUCGACAUGUCGGGCUUCGUGUCAUCCAACUCCGCUCAUCGGAAUCAGGCGGGCGGAGGGCAGGCAGGCAUGGUGUAUGACCUCUUCGGCGUGGUGAACCAUAUGGGAGGCAUGACUGGGGGGCACUACACGGCCUAUUGCCGCUCUUCACCUUGCAGUAAGGACGGGGUGGAGGAAGUUACUGGUUGGGGCCUGGAGCACCCAUGGCUCAACUUCGACGACGAGUUUGUGGAGGAGAUGGCCCCAGACAAGAUCGUCUCUGACGCGGCCUACGUGCUCUUCUAUCGAAGGCGACGACUCACUCCUAGUAACGUGAUCAACAUGACGAUUUGAUUCGAUCGAAGCGCAAAAGUGUGUCUGUAGCGUCUCGACGGUCCUUGUCGUGCUCGUGCCAUGUAAUCCCUCUUGGGUUGUAUACUUGUUCACCCACGAGCAGGUUCUCGAUCGCUGUAUAUCUUGUUUUUGCGUUCAGUGUUCAGGUUUUGUGUGAAUCGAGGAAAUCCACACAGGAUAGAUUGCCCCGGGUCGUAGUUUUGCUGUAGAUAACCGUAGCUUUACCAGUUGCCGUUGCGUUUUUGCUGGGUUACAAUGACGACGACCGUGUUGUGAGCUCAAGAUGUUCCCCAGUUGUGUACGAUGUGUUUUCAUAGACGGGCGCCUUGCAAUUUGUUGGUGUGAUUGGGUUUUCCUGGGUGAAGUAUAGUAGUAGUAAAGUUGGGCAGCGGGACAGGACUUGAACCGCUCGCUCGUCCCCACGCGGUUGGUAUAUUGCGUCAUGUUGCAUCUUUAUCUUUUCCCGAUCGCUAUAAGAGGCGACGUACAUUCAGACCGUUGAGGCGACGGUGGCUGAGACACCGCUUUAGUUUUGGACAGGUUCGGCGUCUUGUUGGUUGCAUUUGAACUUCGCCACCGUUUGUUUAUCAUUUUUGCUGGGCUCUUCUCUCUUCUGCACCACUCCACUGCGUUCGUUAGCUAGAAGUCGUCGUGAAAGGGUAGUUGUUUUAUGUCUGGCGUGGUCCAUGCGCCGAAAUCUGACUCUGCGGAGAAAACCGCACCCACCUACUUACCUGUUGCGGAGGUUUCCAAGAUUCGCUUUCUUUACAGCAGUGCUUGAGGUUUGGACACAACUGGCAGCCGUUGAUCGCACCCAUUCGGUUGAAAAGACUUCCACGAAGCGUGUUUCUUUCACCGUAACAGCGGUUUGGCG